AGUCGAUGUAAGAAAAUGUAUUAUUGUGGAAAAAAUUGUCAACAAAAAGAUUGGAUUCAGCAUAAAUUUGAAUGUAAAGUUUAUAAAAAUAAUCAACUAAAAGCUAUUGAACAAACAGAUGAUCUAUUUUUUCGAUUUGUUUUACGAACAUAUCUGUACUUAAUAAACAGUCCCGAAAGUUUUUACGAAAGGCGUCAAUUAUUAAACGAUGAAAAUUCAGCCGUUUGUCUUAAUGAUAUCAUUAAUCAGGAACUGCCAUCCCAUGAUCAAGAAAAAAUUAAUCAUUUUAUGUAUUUGAACCAACAAUUCAAAUUGCUGAAAAUCGAAUUGGAUCCGGUAAGAAUGUUGAAAUAUCAUGGUAUAUGUUACGAAUAUGUUACGAAAAUUAUCGAUUACGGAAUGCAACAAUUAGGUUCAGGCAUCUAUAUUGCCGAAUCACAAUUGAAACAUUCGUGUUCACCAAGCGCUACAACUUUGUUCAAUAAUACUCAACUUGUAAUGCGUGCAACUAGAUCGAUCAAAUCUGGUGAACAAAUUACCAUCAAUAAUAUAAUAUCACAGAUAGGAAGAUCGCUUGAAUGGAAAUUUCUUCCUAAUUUCUCAUUUAUUUGUAAAGAAUGUGCAUUGAAAUGCGAAACUUAUUCCUUUAAAAAAAUUCAACAAUUAGCCUUAGAAUUUAUUUCAAAACCUUUGCCGAACGAUUUGAACGAUCAAAAUGCAAUUUUGAAAAAAAUUUUGUCAAUGAAAAACGAGAUCUGUAGUGAAUGUGAUUCGAGUUUAAUUUUCGGUAAAAUUAUGAUAAUGCAAAGUUAUAUAAUUCUUCAUGAUAUUGUUGAAGAAUUAUCUGUUGCAGAAAUGGCAAAAAGAUUGGAAAUCAAAUUACCGGCUGUUUAUAAUGAAAUAUUUGAAAAUGUCUAUUUUAAUCGAGAAAUAGCACCUAUUAGCAUUAUGAAAGCAUUGGCAAAUGUUGAAUUUAAU